AUGGGUCGAUUACUUCGACAUGUUGCGGUUGUACUACCUGCCGUAUUCCUAUACCUCAUUUUAAGGUGGAUAGCAACAAAUGUCGCAGGUGCAACAUUUGUUGCUGUCAGUUUCGUUGUCGCUGGUGAAGUCUCUCCAUUUCGAAUAAUGUUUGCCUAUUUUGGUGGUUGUGGUGGUGGUGGUGUUGGCGGUGGUAUUGAGAGUGGUGACGGUGCUGCUGCUGCAGUUCGAUAUUACUGUGUUACUGUUGUGAUGAAGCCGAGCACUAGUAAAAGAAAAUCCGUAGCCGCACUUACGAACAAGGAACGACGACAUAUGUCGGCGGUCGCCUCGGGAAUUGGUGGACCAUCGUCACCAACACGUAAAACAUCGUGGUCGGCGCUUAUCGAAGGACCAAAUCGAAGGUACUCGAUCGCACAGUUGGUCUUCGGGAAUUCGACACUUGUCAGGGGGAAUUCCGGACAACUUCGGGAUUAUUGGCCAGACGACGAUCUCGAUAGUAUUGGAUCAGCCGAAUCCGAUUAUUUACCAGCUGACAAUUCAUCGAGACGUUGCGUUAGUGCGCCGACGCAUGAACUACUAACACGUCCUGCAAAUCCGCCUAAAACUGCUCCCCUUUGUAUGGGCCGUGCGAUGCGAGUGGUUGUAGUCGGCGGGAGACGUGUCGGUAAGACGGCAAUACUUAGACAAGUGGCAUGUUUCGAGGAUAUUACAUCCAAGAAGUACGAACCAACGAUCGAUGACACGUAUCAAGUCCUCCUGGAGGAGGGGGAUCGACCGCGGGAGAUAUUAAUUUUCCAUGAUACAGGCGGUCUCGCAGAUGGUGGUCCACCCGAAUUGAAAAGGCCAUAUUUACAAGUAGCCGACGCGUUUGUGUUAGUGUAUUCUGUGGCAGAUCAUGAAUCAUUUAAUAGAAUAGAUCUAUUGAAGAAAUUUAUCGAGAAACAAUUUGGAAAAGAUCGAAAGGAGGUGCCGAUUGUGGCGCUGGGAAAUAUGCGAGAUUUGGCGCAUCGAAAAGUCGACAGUGACUUUGCAUAUAGUUGGGCGGCUCGAGAACGAGUGAAACUGUAUGAGGUUUCUGCCAAGGAUCGAAACACGUUGGUGGAUUUUGUGCAAUACUUGGGACAACGACAUUUCCAUCCUAUAAAGGAAUCGAAAUUUUCAUUGUCGAAAAAGUUGAAGUCGGAAAAGACAAAUGUUGCCAUACCGUUGGAUUUCUAA